AUGUUCAAAAAUCAGUAUCAGGGUGGCCCAUUUGUUGAAAUAUUCAGUGCUCAAGGCAAGAACCCAGGAGCAAAAUGGAAGAUUUUUGGCAAUCCGUCAGCUAUAUGGAAAGAAUAUGAUAAAGAAGUAAAAGGCUUUGUUUUUGUACUGAAAGGAAGCAGUCAAAUCAACAAAAUGCAGCUACCAAAGGAAACUAGACAAACUUUGGGACUGAUCCAGCAAUUUCUGACACUUCAGAUUUUUGUGCCAUUGGGACAAGACUUCUCCACUGAGUUACUGAUAACUGAUUUAGGAAAUAUUAAAAGAAGAUUGUAUUUAUCAACAGUCCAUAAGGAGUUAUCUGUAACCCCUCUGCAUGCAAAAAUUCCUCUGUUUACCAUCAAGCGCAAAAUAGUAGGUACCUUGGGAAUAUUCCUUGAACUGUGGUUGAGCACGCUUUUUAUAUCAGAAAUGUUUUAUUGGUGCAAUAUGUGUAUUGACUUGGUAGCAUUCACCAGUGAAAUAUUCAGAGGAGCUGUCUUCCAGUCUUUGGAUGGAAUUAGUAUUUCAGCUAACUGUAAACUGAGAAAGAUCUUCACUUUAAAAUCCAAGCCUCAAGAUACAGCUGAGGAAGAUGAUAUGUGUGUUGUUCCAUUUAUGCCAUAUGAGCCCACAGAUGUUAUUCCUCGAACCUGUCAGCUAAAUACAGAUGUGCCACAAGUUACACAAUUGCUGAACCUGACUAAAAUUCACAAGCCAGAAAUAAAAUGCAGGAGGUACCCAGUAACAGUGCAAGAAACAGGUAGCUUGGUUAAUAGAGGACAAGGCAAUAUACGCAGCAGUAAAACUCAGGAUGUAUCACAUAUUGCAUUUGGAUCAAAGAUCCUUGGGCCACCUCCAUCUUCAAACAGAAGAGUCAGUACAAGGGUAUCUGAAGAGGUAAGAAAGCUUAAAUUACAACAAAACUGCUGGCACUUCUACCAAGGAAGAGUAACAAAGACCUGGGGUAGCAAAAGUAAUAGAUCAUGCCGACUUCAAAGUUCAGGAAAGGGAACUGAAUCUGUACAAGUCAUUGAGAGAUUGGAGCUAUCGUUCUCACCAUGCAAUGAUUCUUUAGAUCAAGGAGGCAAAAGAAACACUCACCAAACAACUGAAGAUGUAUCUCAAAAUGGUCAGAAAAGCACACAAUAUGAGUGUUCACAGGCAUUUCAUAAGCUUCUGGGUUGUAUUUCAGACCCUACAAUUCAGACUCAGAAAAACUCUGAGAGUGAAAGAGCAGAUUUUCAGCUUGCCUCACUACAAGGACCAUCAGCAGACAAGAACAGUCAUAGAAGAUUAUCUCCAAAAAAUGCAGCCAAAAACACAUGGGAGAUAGCAAGCGAUGAAUGGGUGUUUCCAGAAAGUUGUACUGAGAGUAUUCAGUUGGAUAGGAGUGAGCAGUUCGUAGCUACUGAAGAUUCAGCCUGCCAUAAUUUAACCUCACCACAGAAUGCCUCUGUUGAACAUCACAGCAAUGAAACAGGUGAUCACCAAGUGAAUAAUAAAGAGAUUUUCACAUUUUCAUCAAGACCUCAGUCAGCUCCUCAUGGGAAGUCGCCAAAUAUGUCACCAGAAUGUUGCCUUUUCCCUUUGGAUUUGAAGCAAGACAGUAACAGAGUACAUGGGAAAACCAAAAUUGAAGAUAACUUUCAAGGAACUGACAGCAGUGAAGAGGAUGACAACAAUGAAUUCACCCAGGGUACUGAGAACCUUGAGAUCAGCCAUAGCAGGCAAGGAACAUCUGAUUCAGCAGUUUUUAAAGAGAUCCCAUUAAAGAGGAUGUCAUGGAGAAAUGAAUACUGGAAGAAUAAGGGACACAGCAAACAUAACCCCGAAGAGACCAUCUUAUCAAAACCACAGAGUUCCACUGUGAGAAAAACAGAUUCUGUUAGCUCUCAGAGAAGUUUAAAGCCUACCCUUUCUCUUUCUCCAACUGUCAGUAAAUCUGAAUUCUUUAAAGUAAUUCCAAAUGGAUCUGAACUAAAUGAAAGAUAUGAAGGAGUUUCUGGUCAAUUAAAAAGAUCCGUCAGUAAAAAGUCUCUCAAGAAAAUCUCAAGAGAAAAUUCAUGUCUGACAACACAGACUUGUGAGUAUGACUGGAAAAAUUACCAUUCAAAUAGACUGAGUUCAUCUGAACUACAGAUGCUGGCUAGCAUGAAGAGACAACAAAAUGAAGAAUUAAGGGAUACUGGGAUCUCACAUGAGCUGAGCGCAUCACAGAUAGACCACUGCAAUGUUAGCAUAAGUAUAAGCAGUGAUGAUACAGCAACCUGGAACUCUUGUUUCCCACCACCCAUCAGUCAGGAGCAUCACUAUCAGAAAGAAAUGAGCCCACUUUCUCAUUCCAACCCACGGGACUGGUUGAAUGUGUUCAGUCCCCCCAUCGUUCCUGGAAGCCAACAACUGGAAGAGCACACUAAAUCUUCAACAAAUCAGAGUAUUCCAGGUGACGAUGACCUCAAUGCUGAAGAAGAUGAGGAAUUUUUGACUCUUUUGUAUGAUCCAUGUCUGAACUGUUACUUUGAUCCAAAUUCUGGCAAGUACUAUGAAUUGGCAUAGUCAGAUCAUGAGAGGAUAUCGUUUUGUAUUCGGAGUAGGUUUAUCUUUUAACUGUUUGUAAAG